ACAUCAGCUAUCAUGAAGUUUCUGAUCCUCGCCGCUGUGGCCGCCGUGGCCGCCGCCGUCCCCCAGGGCUACGGCGCCCCCCCGCCUCGCUACGGCUCCAGCGAGGAGAUCGCCAUCUUGAGGGACGACCGUGUGAUCGAGGACGACGGAAGGUACAACUUCGACAUGGAGACUGCCAACGGCAUCGUGGUGUCAGAGCACGGCACUCCCGGAGAGAAGGGAGCCAUCAACAGCGCCGGAUCCUUCUCAUACACUGCUCCUGACGGCACUGACGUCCACCUCCAAUACGUUGCUGACGGGAACGGCUUCCAGCCUCAGGGCGCCCAUCUGCCAGUGGCCCCCGAGUUCCCCCACCCAAUCCCUCAGUUCGUCCUCGACCAGAUCGCCUUCGCCGCUGAGGAGGACGCCCGUAACGCCAAGAGGCCCUCCGUUGGUUACCAGUGAUUGAAUAUUGCUACGUCGAUUUAUUAUGUAUUGAUAGACAUCCACCGUGUGGAGGCCGGCCGACCAUAUAGCUAAAUGCUUAUUUUAAUUAUUUAUUAAAAUAAUAAAUAUUCAUAUAACUUUUC